AUGAUGGCCACGUCGGCAAUCCGUAGUGCCAGUGCUCCGUUGAGGGUAGCUACACGAACCGUGGCCCGCAAGACCACCACGCGUGCCGCCUCUUCCACGUCGUCUGCCUCCACGCCGUCUCCCUUAUGGAUCACCGCAGGGUCAUCCGCUGCAACUGUAGCUGCAGUCGGUUCCAUUGCUUGGUACUACCACCUGUUUGGGCAAGAGGUUUUUGCUAUGACACCGGCUGAAGAAGGUCUUCACCCAACACAAUAUCCUUGGGAACAUCAAAAAUGGACAAAAACAUUCGACCAUGGAGCAUUGCGAAGAGGUUUCCAGGUCUAUCGUGAAGUGUGCGCUGCUUGCCAUUCGAUCAAACGUAUUCCCUACCGGUCACUGGUGGGCAAUUUCAUGACGGUCGAUGAAGCCAAGGCAAUGGCAGAAGAGAACGAAUAUGAUACUGAGCCCAAUGACGAGGGUGAGAUUGAGAAACGACCAGGAAAACUUUCAGACUAUCUCCCCGCCCCCUACAAGAACGACGAAGCUGCUCGAGCUGCGAACAACGGAGCCCUUCCCCCGGAUCUAUCCCUCAUGGUCAAGGCUCGACAUGGUGGUUGUGACUACAUCUUCAGUCUGCUCACCGGUUAUCCCGAAGAACCCCCAGCUGGUGCCCAGGUCCAAUCCGGUCUCAACUUCAACCCGUAUUUCCCCGGAACUGGUAUUGCUAUGGCCCGUGUUCUCUACGAUGGACUAGUCGAGUAUGAAGACGGCACUCCCGCUACAAGCUCGCAGAUGGCUAAAGACGUGGUUGAAUUCUUGAACUGGACCGCCGAACCCGAGAUGGACGAGCGCAAGAAAAUGGGAAUCAAAGUUUUGAUCGUUACCUCAAUGCUAUUCGCUAUCAGCGGUUGGGUUAAGCGAUAUAAGUGGGCGCCCAUCAAGACAAGAAAGCUCAUCUAUAACCCUCCUGUACAGGGCCAACGCAGGCAAUAA